AUGUCUGAUAGUUCUGAUAAAGAAGUGAAAAAUCCUCAAGCCUUUGGUGGGGAAGAAACGAAAAGUGAGGGGCGUACCAUUACUGAAGGUGCUAGUAAUGCAAGCAUCGAAUAUGAAGUUAUUGUGGAGGGUUUGGUAGAAGAUGGUAGGGUGGUGGUGGAUAGGGUUGGGGUAGAAAAGCAAUCGGUAAGCUAUAGGGGUGAAGCUUAUAAGGAGAUGCUAAGGAAUUAUGUUACACUACAGGCGAUGGCCAAUCGAGUUCUUGAAAUGCCUCAUACACCUGAAGUGGGGUCAAGCAACCAGGCGGGACCAUCUGGGUCUUGUAAUGUGGUGGUAGCUUCUACGCUAGCUGGAGUGGAUGUUCCAGUGGGGGUUCCACUACCGAAGAGAAACAAGAUGAACUUAUAUGAGUUGGAAGAGCUCAAAACAGAUUUUCUCAGCAAUGUACAAAUAUAG